UCUGCCGGCCCCCUCGGGCGGGGGGGACCCAGGGCGGCGUCGUCCCCGCGAUGGGGGGUCGGUCGGAACUGCUCCCGUAAACGGCCCGCGGCUGCCUGCCCGAGAUAUCUGGGGUAUGGCUUGUACGUAGCUUCAGGGUAACUGUUGGAGCCCGAUAUGCAAAAGAGCCCAAUAAAUUAGCUUACUUAACAUGACGUCUGUAGGUGUCUUUGCAAUAGCCUGUCUUUGAUUUGCUUGUGUGUUGCAAGUAAUGAUUUUUAUUUUCCAGUUUAUUAAAUCUAGCGUGUAAGCCUAAGCCAAAGGCGUAUGGUUUCCUUUGUCACACUGCCGUGUAUAAUCAAUCGUGAGGUGUUUUUAAUAAUUUAUCAUUUCAGGAGCAGGAUGGCCAGACAAGAAGGGCAGCUGCUGAUUAACUUGAAAAGGAACUAUCCCGAUGUGGUGGUAGAUAUUGGGAAAAUAGUUUUAGGAGAGAGAUCCAGAAAGAAGACCUCUCACAAUCAGAAAAGGCAAUGAAAGGAGCUUUCUAUAGCAGUGUGCGCAUUGCUGAAUUCAGGAGGAGGAGUAGUGAGGAUGGAGAGCGAAGACAAGAACUACUGCUUUCAGGAGCACGGCAUUGGUCUGGACAUUGAGCAGAGCCUCAGGGGGUGCAUGGGCAGCACCGAGACCAGCGAAUACUUCACGUGGAUGCAGCAGCAGAGUCACUUGCUGCUUUUUGUUAAAACAUGGAACUGUGGAGGUCCAGAGCAGAGAAGUGCAGCCACAAAGUCGUGUAUCUGUAGCCUGAGCACUGGUUUGUCCCAUAGGUCUUUCACUUUGGUUGUCCCUAUGACUUAAAGCGACACUGCUGGAUUUCUGAGGAGGAAGGAAAGCUGUGCCAAGUGCCAUGAUGAGAAUGGGCCAAGCACUGAGAAAGCUCUGCUGAAUUUUGAUGGGGAAGCAAAGGAGACCCCUCUGAACACCGAGAAGCGCAACAUCCAAGAUGCCACUGCCAGGUUUUUAAAGAGAGACAAACUGAUUGUUGGGGAGGUCCUGGAUUUCACAGAGACAACACACAUUGAAUUUAAGAACUUCUCUACAGAGAAUAUCUUGGAAUACAUCAGAAAAACCCUUCCAAAUUGUGUCUCUGCCUUUGCAAACACUCAGGGUGGUUGGGUUUUUUUUGGAGUGGAUGACAGCAGUAAAGUCAUUGGAAGCCAUGGCAAAGUGGGGAAAGAAGCUUCAGAAAAAACAGUAGCUGAUACCAGGCUUAAUGCCAUCCAUCACUUCUCCGGCUCUCAGGCUGGCAUGCAUUUUAAGACUUACGUCCUGAGCGUUUAUGACAAAGCAGAAGGCUUGCAGGGCUAUGUAUGUGCUGUGCGAGUUGAACCAUUUUGCUGUGCUGUUUUCUAUGAUAACCCUGAAUCCUGGAUGGUGACAGGUGACAUGAUUGAAACACUGAGUGUCAGGAAAUGGACGGAGCUAGUGACAGCUGCAGACCCAGAUCUUUCAGAUCUGGCUGAUAGAUUUGAGAAUGAGCUCAGCUUGGCAAAUGGUCCUCCUCUUAUCAAGCCAGUUUAUUCAAAAGCAGGUCUCCAGUGUGCAUCUGAACUUGAAAUCAAAUGGAAGCCAGAAACCAUCUGCACCGCCCUAUUCUCAGAGUAUCCUGGAUUAGAGGAUUUAAUGAAAAAACAAAUCCAUUCACUUAACAAGGGGGUACUGAUAUUUUCAAGGAGUUGGGCUGUUGAUAUUGGAUUGCGGAGAAAACAGGAUGUUGUGUGUGAUGCUCUCUUAGUAGCUGAAAAUGCGUAGCCAGUAUUGUAUACCGUAGUCAAGGACGCCUCUUCUGCUGAGUCUGAAAACUCAAGAGAAACUGCUUAUGCAUUAAAGCAGAAACUAGUCAAUGAUGGGGGAUAUGCUUCAAAAGUGUGUGUGAUUCCCCAAAUACUGCACCUGAAUGGCACAGAGAACCACAUGGAAGUUGCAGAGGAUGACAUUUUCCAGCAAGAGAACCAAAAAAACCCAUGUGGUUAUGGCAGCUUGUACCCAGAGAAUUACAUCCCCACCUCCAGGGACAUCCCCGCAUUCCUGCAUGCACUUGUGAUUGUUGUGCUGUGCUUUAAGUCCUACUUAAGUGACCAUCUUGGCUGUGAGAUUUUCAACCUUCUUACUCUCAAACAGGAUGAGCUGCUCUCCAAGAACCUGCACAAAGCCAAGGAGCAGUGUGUCCUUGGUCUUCCUGGAACAGGGAAAACAAUCGUGGCUUUGAAGAUCAUUGAGAGAAUGAGAAACAUUUUUCACUUAAAUGACAUCUGCCGGUCUGUGACACAUGUUGCCUUCUUAAAUGGGGACUUCCCAGAAGUGAAACACAUUGUAGUUGAUGAAGCUCAGAAUUUUCGUCCUGAAGAAAACUGGCACCAAUGUGCCCAGGAGCUAGUCAAGAAAAAAAGUGGCAUUUUCUGGGUCUUCCUGGAUUUCUUCCAGUCUACUCACCCGUACAGUUGUGGUCUUAAGUUUUCAGAACUAUAUCCUCAGGAAUGGUUGACCAAAGUGGUCUGUAAUGCCAAGCAAAUAUACAAUGUCAUGUUUAAUCUCAUGGAGGAAAUCCUCCAAGAACGUAACACAGAUAUGCCCUAUGAGGUGCUGGAAGAGUUGUUUAAACAGACUGAGUGUGCCCAUUCUUUGUCAGGUGACUACAUAAUAAAAAAAAAUAUGGGAAUAUUUGAAAUGGCAGAGUACGUGACCAGGCAGUGCAACAGCUACAUCCAGCAAGGCUAUCCUGUCAAAGAUACCGCAAUCCUGUGCAGUACACAGCAUGCAGCCCGGGUGUUCAGUCAGAUACUGGAACCUGAGCUAAAAAGACAAAUAAGGAAAUGCAGGGUGAGGUUGGUCUUGGGGCUAGCGGAGAACGUUUUAGAAGAUGUCAUUGUUCUUGACAGCAUCCGACGCUUCUCAGGCCUAGAAAGGAGAAUUGUGUUUGGCAUCCACCCUGUCCCUGCACAAAAGGAGAUAUCUCUCAAUCUUUUGUUCUGUGUGGCAUCCAGAACCAACACCAAACUCCAUUUGCUGUAUCACAGAGAAAAGACCUUCUUAAGAGAGACAUCUUUAGAUGACGGUUUACUCUUACCUGGGCCUAUGGACACUAGAAUGCUUUGCUCAUUUUUUGUUCAGUGAUAUUAUAGGGCAGCCUUAAGAUUUUUUUUUAUGCCCUUUCUGUAGUCUAUGCCAAAAAAAAAAAUUAGGCAGUUUCAUAUAUAUAUGUUUCAUCAUGUGUACGCCUGUAGGAUGUCAUAAAAUUGAUUUUAAUUAAAGGACAUCACCACCUGGAGAGAACAAAUUGCUGAAAAUGGCAAUUGCAGAAGGUAGUCAACAAUUACAAGGUACUUGGAUAAAUCAUAGAACAGUUUGGAGACUUGUACUUUCAAUUCCUCUGCUGUUUAAGCUGAUUGCAUAUUCUGAGUUGUUUCAGCACUACCAGAGUGGAACCACUGGUUGGAAACACAACAGGGGCCAUUCCUGUUUACAUCCCUGCUGGUGCUGGUGCAAAUGGUCAAAACACUGCUUUUUUUCAAUGGUGGGGAGAUUUUUGUGAAUUUUCAGCCAAAUCAUCUCUUUUCUCAUCCAAAAAGGUAGAGCCACAGCUUGCUUUUGGGAGUGGUGGUGACUGUCUUCACCUCUGCUGCAGAUGGGGCUGUGGUUUUGCGGACACAUUGAAUCAUCUUAAAUGCAGGUUUCUGCCCACGGAGGCAGUUCUGUCCCCAGGAGUACAGUCCAAAAACGUCUCGUAAGCAAGCUCAGGUGUGCAACAGCGUAGUGAGUUGGAAACUUGGGGUUUUUUUGGCAAAUUAGUCUUUAGCUUAGGUAAGCUCCACCUUGUCAUGCAGCUGCCAAAGUGCAAGUGCUGGCAUGAGGAGUAGCAAGAAUGUGCUUCCUGUAGAAGGAGGCAGCGCAGGAUCACAGUAAGCUUGAGGUUGGAAGUGACCUCUGGAGGUCAUGUCAUCCAACCCCCUGCUCGAGCAGGGACACCUAGGCUGCCCAGGACCAUGUCCAGACAGCUUUUGAAUAUCUCCAGGCAUGGAGAUUCCACAACCUCCCUGGGCAGCCUCUGCCAGCACUCUGUCACCCUCACAGUAAAAAACUGCUUUCUGAUGCUCUGAGGGAACCUACCGUGUUUCAGAUUGUACCCAUUGCCUCUGGGCCUGCACUGGGAACCACUGGAAAGAGCCUGCCUCCAUCCUCUUUGCACCCUCCCUUUGGGUAUUGAUACACAUUGAUGAGGUCCCGCCUGAGCCUCCCCUUCUCCAGGCUGAGCAGUCCCAGCUCUCUCAGCCUUUCCUCAUGGGAGAGAUGCUCCAGUCCCUUAAUCAUCUUCAUGGCUGUCUGUUGUACUCUCUCCAGUAUGUCCAUGUCUCUCUUGUGCUGGGGAGCCCAGAACUAGGCACAGUGCUCCAUGUGUGGCCUCACCAAUACUGAGCAGAGGGGAAGGAUCACCUCCCUCGACCUGCUGGUGACACUCCUCCUAAUG